GACUUACAAAAAUAGCGAGCAAUUUGAGAUAAAUUUUGUCAGUCGAUAAUAUUUCAUUACUAUAUGCCAUGAUAUGCAUAGUGGUACAAUAACGGUUUAGUUGUGUUCGUGGCAAACAUGGCUACUGCUAACUUGAAAGAGAUGCUCGCCAAAGAUAUUUCAGAAAUCGAUAUAUUUAGCCACACCUAUGAAUAUAAAGGUGUCACUUUGUUUAAAAUGCAAAUGCCUGAGAUCUUCGAUGCUCUACAGACGUGGAUAACGAGGCCUGAUGACGUUUAUAUUGUUACAUGUCCCAAAUCAGGUACACACUGGAUAAUGGAGAUAGCUUUCUUGAUCAUGAACGACCUUCAACUCGAUAAAAUAAAUCGGGAGGCAAAUCUGUUUGCCCUUGAUUUCGCCAUAGCUAACAAUAACGAGAACACAACCAAGGUCACGCCAGGCCACGAAAUCAUGGCGCAGUGGAAAUCUCCUCGGAUCAUGGUUAGUCACAUCCUGGAAGAGUUUGCCCCGGAACAAAUCAAGAAAGGGUCAAAGGUCAUCUACUUCGCAAGGAACCCUAAAGAUGUAGCGGUCUCCUAUUUCAAGUUUAUCGGUGAUACAUUACCAGCUGAGAUGGGCGGAUGGAAGGGGUAUCUCCCUUACUUUCUUUCUGACAAAAUGAUUUCUGGUGGCUGGUUUCGCCAUGUUAAGGGUUGGUGGGCUCUCCGUAACCAGCCAAAUAUCCUUUGGUGUAAAUACGAAGACUUCCAUAAGGACCUGAGAGGCAAUAUCAAAAGGGUGGCAGAAUUCUUAGAGCGCCCUCUUUCGGAUGAAAAGUUGGACAAGCUCGUUGAGCUGACUGAAAUGAAAGGCAUGCGGAAAACUUACCAAGAUAUCGAGGAUACAAUGGGAGACACGGGCAAGGCGAUUACUCAACUUUUUGGGCAUCUGCCUUACCUCCGAAAAGGCAAGGUGGGCGAUUGGAAGAAUGAGUUUACGGUAGCUGAAAAUGAGUAUUUUGACGAUGUUUACCACAAGAAUAUGGACAACACUGGUAUCGAAGUCCAGUUUGAGUUGUAAGCAGGGAUGUACGCGAGGCCGGCUUCGAGGCCGCACUUUGCCGGCCUUGCUGGGCCUCUACCCGCGUCACGUGAACAAAGACAAUGGGAGGUUUUCUCCAGCGGCAUCGGGAUCCGGAGGGAACGGGGCCCCGUCUUAAAAAAUAAUUGCGAUAGAUCCAUCAACCACAACUAUGGAAAGCCAGCAACGUCAACAUCUAAACUGCAUGUUUCUUCAAAAAAAAAUUCAGAUGUGAUGUAUAUUCAAACAUUCCUUGUUUUCUUGAAAAUUCAAUGUGCUUCCCUUUAUUAACAAAUUGUGCAAAUUUCCUGUAGUAGAAAUUAUGACAUUGAUGGACUUCCAUACAGCUCAGGUUGAUCGGAUCAAUCGUAACUCUUUGUAAGACGGGGCUAUGGUCUCUAUUGAAUCCCUGGUUGUAUAAGCAUGAACUGCUUCACACUGCGAUGAAAUUGAAAUCAUUUCUAUUUCAUCUUAUAUUAUUAUGAUUUAUUUUAUUUUAUCUUUUCUAAUUUCAUUUUAUUUCAUUUAUUUUAUUUUAUCUUUUCUUACUUUAUUUUAUUUAAUUUCCUUAUGUUUUAUUUUAUUUUACGUCAUUUUAUUUUAUUCUAUUUUACUUUAUUUUAUGUCAUUUUUGUUUGUUCAUAUUAGGGUUGAUGAAAACUAUUUUCCAUAUUAACUGUCUCGUCCGGGUUUUUUGUUUGUUUGGGGGGUCUUGUGUUUAUUAAGAGACUUUGUCAAUGUAAAGAACAAUUGACUUGCGAUCGUCUAACUUGCAUUUAUUUCCCUUUCUUUAAAUUAGGUAUACAAUUAUGUCAGAUAGGGAAGGGUCUAAGUUGAAAAAAGUUCAGCUUGAGUUGUAAGAAUAUAUUGUAAUGAUAAUAAUAGCAAUAAUCAUCGCUAUUCGAUCAUGAAAGUUCAUCUGUGUUGGUUGAAAAUAAGAGAAAGCUUAACUUCCCCUAAUCUUAACACAAAAAACCCGAAUAUUUUUUUUCUCUGUGUUGAGAUCAAAAGUUUAUAUUUUUCUUAAUCACCGCUUUUUUACUACUGUUACUAUUAUUGUUAUUAUUUUUACAAUUAUUAUUAUUAUUAUCAUUAGCAUUAUCAUCACAAAUUUAUAAGUUCAUACAUUGUUUGGAAAUGUGCUUUCCACCAGCAUUACAUAGCAUAAAUAAAACAAAAUAUAGAGGAUGUGAGAAUAC